AUUCAUUCUUAUUGGAGUUUUUCAUCUUGUUUUAUCGAUAUUUCAGGUCUUUACUGAAUUUCUGUUGUGGCUUGUUUGAUAAUUUGUUUGAUUUCAAUGCUUGAUUGCCAACAUGUCUACCGAUCGUACGCCGAAGUACCGACAGGAAAUCCAGCAGGUAAGCAUACUUUCAUCCGAUGCGCUUAUUUGCUCCCCUUCUUCAGUUGGAUCCAGAGAAAAAAAGGCGCAAGGUAUAGAAUGAUAUGGAGACAAUUCCUUGUUUUGAGUGAGUUUAUCUGGUAGUAUGUUGUAUUCUGAGCAUGGGCAACAGGCUGUCAUAGCCGCGCUCCAUUUCACUUAUACUGUGUUGCCUGUGACUUAGCCUGUCUGCUUUGUGUCGCUAUUUUUGCUCUUGUCUCCUGUUGUUUCUCAUAGCAUGCCCGGCAUCUCCCGCACCAUCCUUUAGUCAUGCGGACAGACAUGGGAUCAGAGGGGAUUUCCCCGAGCCUGGAUAGCAUUGAGUCCUCUGACUCGGAAAUACGAAAUGGAUCUCCCUUCCGUGACGCAACCCCUCUGUCUGCCGUUGAUUCUGAUGUUUCGGAUGUAUCUUUCAGCAGCAUGGUGUCGUGCUUGGAAGAUGCGGCAUCGGCCGACGAUUGCGGAAUAGAGACACCUGAAGAUAGCAAAACCAUGGAAUUGUUUUCUGCUAGCCUUGCUAACACAUUUCGACAGAUGAUGUUUGUCUCUGGGGAGACUGCUGAGCCUUCAGUUGAGACAACCACUCUGAUUGAGGAUAUUGUCCGCCAGCAAGUUGUCGAGAUUCUGGCCCGCAGCACGGCUUUGGCGACUCGUCGUGGAGUGCGCUCUAUCUCUACUGAUGAUCUGAUCUUUCUGAUUCGCCACGACAAAGCAAAAGUGUCCCGACUAAAGACUUUCCUCUCUUGGAAAGAUGUCCGCAAGAACGUGAAGGACUCUGAUGAUAAGGGUGGGGCCGAUGCUGCUGAUUUUGCAGGGGCCGAUGACCCAAUUGCUGGUGGAGUCGUUGCAGGCCCUCAAGAUGUUGCUUCCAAGCCGAAGAAUAAGAGAGCUCGUGUUGGUCUUGUUUGGGAUGUGAAUAGCUUUUACUCCAUCCAAGUUCCUGAGAGAGAAGAUGAGGAAGACGAGGAGGAGGAAGAGCAAAAUUACGCCACUCUUCAACGCUUAGCAGCUGCGGAUGAGCGAACGAAGAAUAUGACGAAGGAGGAGUACGUGUUUUGGUCUGAAUGCCGCCAAGCAUCCUUCACAUAUCGCAAGAGCAAACGUUUCCGCGAAUGGGCUGGCUUUGGAAUUGUGACCGAAUCUAAACCAAACGACGAUAUUGUCGAUAUCCUUGGGUUUCUCACCUUUGAGAUCGUGCAGACUUUGACUGAAGAAGCCUUGAAGGUUAAGGAACGCGAAGAUCGUGAGAAGAACCGUCGCGGGGGAGCAGAGAAUGGAACCGGCGAGAAUUCCAAGAAGCGCAAGCGCGAAACUGGACUCUUUGAUCCCCCCGAGGAGGGCCGUACUCCAGUAGAACCAAGACACAUCCGCGAGGCAUAUCGCAAGCUUCAGGCGACCCCAAAUAAAAAUAUCGCGAUGCUACUUCAUAACGGACGCAUUCCUGCGCGGAUGCCGGUGCGACUGAUUUGAUACCUUACGGAUUUACGGUGUUUAUCAUUGCAUGGAGUGAUUCAGAUUAACAGAGAUACCCAUACCAUCAUGAGCGUACGAUAUCUAUCACGGGCCUAGGAUUGGUUUUCUUUUUCAGGAGUUAUGCGGAACCUAUUUUCACACUUAUUAUUCACUAUUUUUUCUAGGCCUUGCGUUGCUUGUCUUGUAAUAUAUCUACUAUUAACCAAAUUUUAUUUAUAUUCAACUAU